UCCACCAAUUCCCCAUUGAAGCAGAAUGCGCAUGCGCCAAAGUGCCAGCUCGAUGUGACGUCAUUCGUGAGUGCAUUCACUGACUGCGCUGCUAAACGCGAGAGAUGAAGACUCCACCAGAUAGGACAGGCAUCAAGUUUGAAGUGGGCGCUCAACUGCAGGCAAGAGACCGCCACAAAAACUGGUACUCGGCCACCAUUGACAAGGUAGACUACGACAAAGAGCGUGUUCUCAUCCACUAUCGCCGCUGGAGCCGCCGCCAUGACGAAUGGUUCCAUUGGAACUCGCCGUACCUGCGGCCACUGGAGCGACUCACUUUGAGGGGAAGGCGGGGCCUCAAUCCGACAAGUGUGUCAACGUCGUUUGUUUCCGGCACCAAGGUUCUGGCCUGUUGGACCGACUGUCGUUUCUACCCGGCCAAAAUCCUGCAUGUCAACGAUGACGAGUCCUACACAGUUCGCUUUUAUGACGGCGUGGUUCGGACCGUGAAGCCCCCGAAGGUCAAAGCCUUACAGAAAAAGUCAAAAUGUGACAAGUCAGCCGUGGGAAGUGAGGAACUGGAAGAAGGAGAGAGCGAGCCGGAAUGUGGGGAAGAAGUCAGGGAGGAGGAAGAGGAGGAGAAGGAGGAAGGCCAGAGGGGGCCGCAACCAUCCCUAUCAUCACCAUCGUCACCAUCGCUGCCUCCGCCAGCAGCCAAGAGUCUUCCCCUCCCUCCGGGUGGGAAGAGUGAGACUCACGAGCAGACAAUCGCAAGCGAGCUCAGCCAACCUGCCGUUUCCAACCCCGCCCGCGUCGACAAAGACGUGCUGUUGGAGCGCCAGGCUCACCUCCCCACCACUCACAAAUUCAGCAGAGAACCACUGUACAGGGUGAUCAAGAACCAGCCUCCCCCCAUCCUCUCCAUCGAGCUGGACCACAACCCCUUCAAGUGUCCAUCGGCGGGCUGCGCUAAGUCCUUCCGGAAGGCCAGUUUGCUGCACUACCACAUCAAGUACUACCACGCGGAGCAGCAGCAGCAGCAGCCGGAGGAACAAGGCGCUCCGGCUGUGGCAGACAUGCCAAGGAGGAAGCGCUCGACCUCGGAGAGCAGCCACUUUGGGUACGACGUGGCGGGCGUCGCCUGUCAGCGUGACGACAGAGAGCCCGGGACCACGUUAACAGAGGUCAAGCGGGACAAGAGUCAUCAAGACAAGAAAGAGAGAAAAAACUUUCUGAGGGUCAAACUGAAGAAGAAGAAGAAAAAGAAGAAAAAGAAAAAGAUGAGCCAAUCAGAGGUUUGCAGUAGCGACAACGACGGCUUGGCCUUGUCUUCCGCCGCAUUCAAACUGGGCGAGGAGCACCCCAGCACGCACACAUUGGACGACGGCAGCGACUGGUCGACGCUGACGGCGGAGAGCGGCGAGGACGCGCCCUCCUGGUUGCUGGCGGCGGGGGCGGAGGACAGCGAGGUGGUGAGGUGCGUGUGCGAAGUGGACGAGGAGAACGACUUUAUGAUCCAGUGCGAGUCCUGUUUGUGUUGGCAGCACGGCACCUGCAUGGGCUUGUACGAGGACAACGUCCCGCGCAACUACAUCUGCUACUACUGCAGACACUGUACAGGUUGGAGGCGGGCUCAGUGCUACCUGUCCGAGCCCGACUUGCUCACGUCCGGGCGCAUGUUCGGUCUGUCUUUUGUGAGGGACAACUACUCCGAGAGCAACGCCUCCAAGAUCAUGCAAACCAGCGGCCUCCUGGCGCACACGCACAGACUCAAUCAGGUCCUCAGCGGCCUGCAGCUGAAGAUCGGCCUCUUGCGAACGCCCUCGCACCCCGACUUGCAGCUGUGGCGAUUGCCAUGGGCGCCGGAGGAGGGGCACAAGCCUCGAGGGGAGCCCCCCGUCAGUUAUGUCAGCAGCGAGCACUGCUACCAGAAGCCGGGUUUGUCGUGGGAAAAAGCCAGGCCGAAGCACGCCGCCGCCGCCGCUGCGAAACAAGACGCGCUCCAAGAGGAUGAGGAAAUAAAGCGGGAAGACUUGGGAUUUGAUGAAAGUGAUUGGCAAGGCUGUGCCAAAAGCACCAAGCGCACGUGCGCAAACGGAGACGAAGGGCACGCGUGCGCUCGUCCGCCGGCCUCACCGACUGAAUGCCAGCUCAACCUGCUGGAGCAUGUGGAGCGUCUACACCAGCAGAUCAGCACGAGGAUGGACAUCAUCGAGAAGGACCUGGACGUUCUGGAGUCGUGGUUGGAUCAUUCGGGUGAGCUGGAGCCUCCCGAGCCCUUGUCCCGCCUGCCGCAGCUCAAACAGCGGAUCAAGCGCCUGCUGCACGACCUGUCCGUGGUCAGGCGGCUCUCGGCGCGCCACUGGCACUCCAGCUAACGGCGUUGAAGCCGGCGAACACUUUGGACAAAUGGCACAUUCGCGCGCUUGUUUGAGGUGGAGCCCCCGCCCCAAAAGUGCCCGACGCAGAGACAUGAGGUGUUCCUCAUCCAGCGGCGGCAACUUCUCCGUUUACAUGGCAUCAACACGCACACGUUAGCAUGCGGCACUUGUUUUAACAGCGUUCUGAGAUUACGAUAUAUAUUCUUAUUCUAUUUAAUUUGCUGAAACGUUAGAAUCACGGCCAAAAAAAAAACUAAAACA